AUCAGAAAAUAUUUUUCUUCUGUCCUCAGGUCUUUAUUCUCUGUUCUAUCGUAAAAAUCCCCAAACCUAAACUCAGCAAUGGAAGGAGCCCCAUCUUCCUCCAAGAAGCCUUCCGGCAACAAGCAAGUCUCUACUCCACCAGCACAAGAUGUGAAGCCCCCAAAGGGGCAAGAAGAGAAGCAUCAUGAUGGCAAGCAGCAGAAAACUAGUGUACAGCAGACUCAGGGAACUGGGGGUUCAAGUGGGGCGUGCAAGCAGCAAGGGCAGGGCCAGGGAAGUGGGCAGCAGACCCAAACUAGUGGUCAAACCACUAGCCAACAGCAAGGGCAGACUCGCCAGAGCAGUGGUCAGACCCAAACCAGUAGUCAACAACCACAAGUGCAGACUCGAGGACAACAGAGCAGUGGUCAGACCCAGAGCAGUGGUCAAACCCAGAGCAGUGGUCAAACCCAGAGUAGUGGUCAGACCCAGAGCACUGGUCAGACCCAAAUCAGUCAACAGCAGGGCCAAGGCAGUAGCAUUAGCCAAGGUAGUGCCACUAGCCAAAAAAGUAGCACUCAUCAACAAGCAGAUAAAGGGCAGAGCCAAGGGAAAGAAACUUCUUAUAGCUUUAAAUAAGGAAAGGACAAAUAUUAGAGAUGUCCAUGAUCUGAAAACCUCUGUAUUUUGUUGAUUAUCACAUACUGUGCUGUAUAAGCCACACCUCUUUGUGGUAGUAGUUGUAACCCCUCCUCUCAAUAAAAUCAUACUGUCAUUCUUGCAUGAAAA